CGCUGCCUUUGCCUGCAAUCCACUGCUUUCCAUUGUUCCCAAUGGCCGACGUGCCUGUCAGACCGCCCCCGCCCCCGCCGCCCCUUCCCGCAGGCUGGACGGAGCACACGGCGCCCUCAGGCCAUGUCUACUACUUCAACAAAGAGACCAAGAAGUCUACGUACACACGCCCAGUCGCGAUUGCCACGCCACCUCCAGCGCCGGCUCCUCUGCCCCCGCCUCCGGCCAGUCUUCCUGCGAGACCACCUGCAGCACUAGGCGCAGACUCGUCCUACGCCGACUACAACGAUCCUACACACCAACAUGACAACUCGAAUGCCUACGAUCCGAAGAGAAAGAUUGAAGACCUCAUAUUUGGUGGCGCGCAGAGCCUAUAUAAUAACCGGGGCCCAGAUCAUGCAAGAGGUGGACAUCGAGGAGGUGCUCGCGGAGGACAGACCAGCUUCUCAGCUCGGACACGACAACCGAAAGAUCGACCAAAGCACCGCCAGGAUAUUCCCAACUGCGCGCCAUGGGUCUUGGUGCGAACGAAGCUUGGGAGGAGGUUCGUGUGGAACAAGGAUACGAAUGAGAGUUUCUGGAAGUUCCCGCCAGACGUGACGAAGGCGGUCGUCGAGUUUGAUCGCAUGGAGCGCGAAAAGAAAGAGCGGAAGGAGCGCGGUGAACCUGGCGACGUCGAAGAGGACGACGCCAUGGCCGAUAUUGAGGCAGGACUCGCAGCUGCGGAAGAGGACAUCGAAAUCGUCGAAGUGGAGGGGGAGGAAGGCAUGGACGAAGAGGAAGAGUACGAAGAAGUUGAGGUCACAGACGACGAAGGCGAGCAAGGAUCGCAUGUGCACAAACGCCAACGCACGGAGGAGCCGACCGCGGAACAAGCCGCCGAAGACGAUGACCUCGCCUGGCAACUAGCGCAGAUGGAGGAGAUGGAAGGCAUGGAAGGCGAUUAUGCAGAAGAAGAAUACUUCGACGAGGAACCACCGCUUUCCGAGGAAGACUGCAAGGCCCUCUUCAAAGAGCUCCUCGACGACACGCACACUAGCCCCUACACCCCCUGGGACAAGGUCCUCGAGGCCGGCGCCCUCUACGACGACGACCGGUACAAAGCCCUCCCCAACAUGAAAGCCCGCAAAGAAUGCUUCGACGAGUGGUCCCGCAACAAGAUGGUCUACCUCAAAGAGCAGAAAGCCAAGCAGCAGAAGCUCGACCCGCGAAUACCCUACCUCGCGCUCCUCGACCGGUACGCCACACCGAAACUCUACUGGCCAGAGUUCAGGCGGAAAUACAAGAAAGAGCCGGAGCUGAAGGACGGGAAGCUGCCGGAUAAGGAGAAGGAGAAACUGUAUCGCGAGCACAUCAAGCGCAUCGGCAUGCGCUCGUCCGAGUUGAAGGCAGAUCUUACGGCGCUGCUGAAGGCGCAGCCGCUUGCGGCGUUGAAUAGCUCUACGACGCUCGACACGCUUCCUGCUUCGAUCUUGACCGACCUGCGCUACAUCUCCCUCUCACCAUCAACCCGCGAACCUCUCGUCGAAACAUAUAUUUCCACGCUGCCACCAGCGCCUGAGGGCGCCGCCGCGUCCGCUGAGGAGGAAGCCGAAGCAGCCAAGAAGCGUGAGGAGCGCAGACGCCGCGAGAAGGCACUUGCCGAACGCGAACGGCGCGUGCAGGAGGAGAGGAGGAAGCAAGAGCGUGACCUUGAGUACGGAAAAGGUCGGCUGAGAGAGGAAGAAAUGGAGAUUGAGCGCGCCAUGAAAGUCGGCAAGGGGGGAUUGAAAGCCCACUUGGGCGCUGAGGAGUAACAGCGUCGGCUGUUAGUCAAUCGCCUUGGGACGCAGGUAGAUAGUGUGACAAUGAUACCC